CAACAAGACCGUGCGUUUUGAAAGGUCCGCGUUUUUAAAAGAAAAUCCUAAAAUGUUCCAAAAUAUAAUCUAGCAACUGUUAGUAUUCAUACGACAUUUGAAUGUUUGAAUUUAAUUUAAUUUAAUUCAAAUUCGACAAUGUUUAUGGAAUCAUGCUUCCUAAAAAACGCGGACUGAGCCCACAUAUUUUGAGCCUUACUGGCCACAGUUAUUUGACGUAUGGAUGCUUGCGUUAGUCGAAAACAUGGCUGUCGGCAAUAUUUUGGAAGAUGAAGAGGAGAAUAUUUUGUAUGAUUUACUUAUAAAUACCGAGUGGCCGCCCGAGACAGACACACAGUUGAGGGGAUAUAAGGAGCAUGACUCGUCCUUGAUCGCCAAAGCAGUGACGGGUCCCUUCAGGUUCAUCCUUCACUACUUAUGGUACAGCCCCUCUAGUUCUUCACUGCCCCCAGGACUUGUGCGUCUGGCCACCAAACAGAUCAACUGGCAGCUGGUGUUGGCAAGUAAUGGGAAGCUGUUGGCGGUGGUUCAGGACCAGUGUGUGGAAAUCCGGUCUGCUAGGGACGAUUUUGCCUCAGUCAUUGGGAAAUGCCAAGUGCCCAAGGACCCCAACCCUCAGUGGCGGCGGGUGGCGUGGAGCCACGACUGCGCCCUCCUGGCGUACGCCGACAGCACCGGCACUGUCCACGUCUUCGACCUGCAUGGCAGUGAACUCUUCGUCAUCCCACCGGCGGUGAGUUUCCCGGGGGACUUCAGUUAUGCUGCAGCUGGUCUUGUGUUUCUGGAGUACACAGCCAGUGCCCAGUGGUCUGCAGAGCUGCUGGUCAUAACCUACAGCGGUCAGCUCAAGAGCUACCUGGUCAGUGUUGGCACCAAUCAGGCCUUCCAAGAAAGCCACACCUUCAGUUUCUCUGCCCACUACACCAAUGGCAUCACCACGGCCAUCUACCACCCAGGCCACAGGCUCCUGUUGGUGGGCGGCUGUGAGUCGAGCGACGACGGCAUCUCCCGGGCCACCCGCUGUGGCCUGAGCGCCUGGAGACUGUUGUCAGGGCAACCGCACUACAAACAGGUCACCAGCUACGAAGACGACGUGGGAUCGGCUCAAAGGAGAGGUUUCUUCAGAGUUCCCAGCUUUAGGCUUUUCUCUCGACAAAGCAAUGAGAUGGAUGGAGUGUUCAGGAUGAGUCUGUCUCCAGACGGGGCUCUGCUGGCCAUGGUGCACUUCUCAGGCAGACUCAGUCUCUGGGACGUCCCCUCUUUCAAACACAGAGCCAGCUGGGAACAAAACCAACAGCCAGGAUUUGAUGAAAUCAACCCAGAGUGGAAGACCUCUCUGGAAAAGAGGAAAAAGAUAAAAGAUAAGGAGCAGUACAGUUCUCUGAUGGACGUGAGCUGGUGGAGCGCCGCCGCCCUCAUUCUGGCCCGGUGUUCCGGUUCCCUCACCGUCUCCUCCUGUAGAACCCUCCGGAACCUACUGGGGAAGUCCUGCGAGUGGUUUGAGCCAACGCCCAGGGUUACGUCUGCUCAUGACGGAGGAUUCCUCAGUCUGGAGUGUGAGGUGAAGUUGGCGCCCAAGCGUGCCCGUGUGGAGGCCAGCAGCCCCGGGAUCGAGGAGGACUAUGUCGGCGGCGAGGACGACUCGGACUCGGACGAGGAGUGUUCUGCGCGGGCACGCUACUUCGGCUACGUCAAGCAGGGCCUCUACUACGUGACGGAGAUGGAGCGCUUCGCGCCGCCACGGAAACGCCCGCGCGCCGUCCUCAAGAACUACCGGCUGCUCAGCCUCCGCUCUACCACCCCCGAGGAACUCUACCAGAGGAAGAUUGAUAAUGAGGAGUAUGGUGAGGCCCUGUCCCUGGCUCAUGCCUACAGUCUGGACUCUGAUCUGGUCUACCAGAGGCAGUGGAGGAAGUCCACCGUCAGCAUCGCCUCCAUCCAGGACUAUUUGAGUAAGAUAAAGAAGCGAUCGUGGGUGCUGCAUGAGUGUGUGGAGCGGGUGCCGGAGAAUGUGGACGCUGCCAAGGAGCUGCUGCAGUACGGACUUAAGGGCACUGACCUCGAGGCCCUCAUCGCCAUCGGCAACGGAGAAGACGGUGGCAGGUUCAUCCUUCCAGGUGACGUUGAUGUAGAUGACACUCCGUAUGAAGACUUUCUUUCUGCUGAGGAGGAGAUGGACAGAAGAAAGGAGAAAGAGCAGAAGAAGAGACAAGAGCUGCUCAAGAAAGUGGAUUUCAGCAGGUUGACUCUGGAACAGAAGGAACUAUGCCGAAGUCGUCUGAAGCUUCUCUGCUACCUGGACAGGCUGGCCACCUAUGAGGAUAUAUUGGGUGGCCCUCACACCGCGGAGGAGAGAUAUGAUGCUGAAUUCUUUAAGACUUUCCGCAGUCAGAAUAUUGUCCAGUCAGCAAGAAACUAUGCCAGGGAGAGCAACGUCGAGGCCCUGCGCAUCCUCUUCACCUACCACGGCUCAGAGCUGCUGCAGCAUCGCCUGGCCAUCCUCCGCAAUUUCCCAGAAACCACCUCUCCACAUGAGUACACCAUCCUGCUCCCCGAGGCCUGUGUUGAUGAGGAGGGCACUCUGGUGUGUAUUGCAUGGGAUGAGCGGAAACACAGGGACACAGACUGGUGUGAGGAGAGUGACUGCAGAUCGGUGGUGGAGACCAACCUUCCUGAUGAGGAUGACUUCCUGUAUGAGGAGGCAGACCUUGAGAGGUUCCGCACAGCGAUUCCACCAAUCACACUCCUCACUGACUGGUACCUCACUCGGGCUCAAGAUAUUGAAAAUAACUCCAGACAGGUGGACUGUGCACUGUUUCUGGUGCGUUUGGGGAAGGAGCGGGAGAUCCCGGGGCUGGAGCGCCUGUGUGAUGACCUGGUUACCCUGGAGACACUGGUGUACGAGACAUCAUGUGACCUGAGCCUCAGCCUACGGGAGCUGCUCAAGCUGCGGGACAUUGACAAGCUCCGCCUCCUCAUGAAAAAUUCCUCGGAGCAGCAGUAUGUGAGGAACUGUUUCCAGUGGAUGGUUCCCUUCCUGCAGCGCUGUGAGAGAGCGGGUGGGGCAAGGGGAGGGGCAGGGAGCGGAGCAGAGGGUCCAGCCGCCGCCCUCUUGGGGGAGUAUCUGGUGUCGCUCGCCACGGAGGACCUCACACGGCCCCUCAAGAUCUUCCAGCAGUCCAAACCUGAUUGUAACCAGAAGAUCAUCUCGGACCCUGACCAGCUGAUGCAAGUGGCGCUGGACUGCAUCUACAGCUGUGAGAGAGAUGACCAGUUGCCUCUGUGCUACGACAUCCUGGAGUGCCUUCCUCAAAGAGGAUACGGGCCAGAGACCAGUGUUACGAAAAACCUACACGACCGAGUGGACCUGCUGGAGAAACACCUCAGUGUGGCAGAGGUGCUGGAGAAGCAUGGUCUGAGGAAGCCUAUCUCCUUCAGAAUGGAAAAGCCAGAAAGCAGCGCUGAGCAGGCUCCAUGAACUGUAAGGCAGGUGUGUGUGUGUGUGUGUGAACACAGGGCCACACCAGUGAGUGAGAAUGAGUGGAAGAACCUGCUUCAGGACCUCUUGGAGAUGCAGCAGAACGUUUACACAUGUUUGAAGCCGGAGAGCUGUCAAGAGGUCUUCACGGAGAGCUUGUUAUGUUCGGGCCGUCAGGAGACGGUCUCUCUGGCGGGCCAGAUGAUGCACUGCAGCGCGCUGGCUGAGGACACGCCGGUCAGCGUGUCGCUGCGGUUACGGGCGGCAGGCCGCGUGGCGUACGGACGGAGCGUGGAGCUGGUGCUCGCCGCCGCCCGCGAGUACUUCAACUCCUCCGCCACGCUCCGCGACCCAUGCAUGAACUUGGCACGGUCGUGUCUCUUGUUGAUCACUGACUGCCCAUCUGUGGUGGCUGAAGAGCUAGACCUCAUCAGUGCUCUUUCUCGAUUGGAGGACUUCAACGUCAAAGUCCUCCCCCUGCAAGUCCGUCUGCGUGAGGAUCGUCUGUCCCUGAUAAGGGAGUGUGUGUCCCAGUGCCCCUCAGCCCAUCGCCAAGCCACCACUCUGCUGGAGCUGGCUAGACUGCUGCGGGUGGCAGGUGAUGACGAGGCGACCCGUAAGGGCCAGGUCCUCACACUAUUGGCUGAUCAGGCUCUCCAGUGUCAGGACUUCAAAGCCUCCUACAGCCACUGUCAGGAACUCAUGACCACAGGCUACAGCGGUGGCUGGGACGUGUGUGCGCGUCUGGGGGAGUGUGAGGGGUACACUGACCUGCCGGCGCGUCAGAAGCUGAUGGCCUUCUCUCUGACCCACUGCCCCGUGGCCAGCAUCCAGGACCUCCUAGCCGCCUCCAGCACCCUGGAGACACAGGUGCUGUAUCAGGCUGUGAACUACCAGAAAGACCCGACCCAGUCCGAGGAAAGUUCUGAUGGGACACCAGAGGAAGAGGACUCCGAACAGUCUGCAGACCUGCUCCACAGAACCACGGCCCGGACCAUGCAGGUUCUGACCCAGACUGGGGAGACCACCAGAGCCGUGCUGUCAGCGGUCACCGACAAGCAGUGGUGGAGGGACUCGCUCAACUACCUACGGCCCCUACAGGGUCAUGGGAUGUCGACAGGAGACGCAUCAGCCAAUCACAAUGCAGAUCUGGAGAGGCAGGCCUGCCACCCCUUCUAUGAGUCUCUCUUCGAGAACCCUUAUGUCCAUCCGAGUGAAGAUGUGUACAGCAGCUAUGACUACACUCCCUGUGAGGACUUUGCGGAGGUGCUUCUGAGGACUGGGAAACUGGCUGAGACCCGCAGCGAAGGACAAAACCUCUUCCCUGCCACAGAGGUUCUCCUCCAGCUGGCGUCUGAUGCUUUUCCUCGGGACAUGACACUCGCCCUGGCCUACUUAUUGGCUCUGCCUCAGGUGCUGGAUGCUAACAGCUGUUUUGAGAAGCAGCCUGCGAGCGCCCUGUCUCUGCAGCUGGCGUCCUACUACUACUCCCUGCAGAUCUACUCACGUCUGGCCAGCUGCUUCACCAACGCCAAGCACCCCCUCUACAGGGUGGACCCCAAGGAGCUGAUCCGUCUGGUGACACGUCACGUUGGCGAGAAGCAGGACGACAAUGCCAAUUGGCCAGCGGAGGUGGACGCUCUGAUUGGCCAGCUGCGGGCGUACUCGGAGCGUCUGGCGGACUUCACGCAGGCCCAGGUGCUACAGGGCCUCGGCCGCGGAGUGGACACCCAGCGCUUCAGCUCGGACGCCCAGUACAAGAAGGAGACCAUCCUGGGCCUCGCCGAAACACUGGAUGAGAGUGUGUACCACAUCUCCAUCUCAUUGGCGCAGCGUUACAGUGUUCCUCUGUGGGAGGUAUACAUGACACACCUAGAGUUCCUGUUUACUGACAGUGGGCUGCCCACCAAUGAGAUUGAGAGCCGCUGCGAGUCUCUGGGCCUGCUGGCCACGCUGAAGAACGAUCCGGAAGAGUUCUACGCCCACAUGCUCAAGUACGUGUACCCGGCCAUCGCAGGAAGUGACCUCAGCCGACUGCUGCUCUACUAUUCGCUGCUGGAGUCAUGUGACUGCACAAAGUAUGUCACCACGGCGAUGAAGCCUGACACGCACGUCAAACUGCUGAAGAAGCUCAAGGCUGUAGCCAGAGGCUUGGACUACCGCAAGCUAACGGACGAGUCCUCGGACCCGCUGUGUGCCUUGGGGCCCGUGCUGACCAGCCAGAACGUUCUGUCCAUCUCCAAGCUGCUGGGACGCCUCCCGCUGAGGUCCGCCGCCCCGUCAUCGUCCACCCUGGCGUCCGGCGGGGGGGGCCUCGGUCCGAGCGCGGUGCACGGCGCCUGGCUGCGGAAGCUCUUCUGGCACGGUGACGUCCAGCUGCUCAGGAAGCCGCCGCAGACGGACGGCGAGUUCCUGCACGCCUACGACACGUGCGCCAAGUACCUGGACCGGCUGGUGCCCGCCGACACCGUCGCCUUCCUGGACUUCAUCACCUUCUCAGCCCAGGCAGCCAAUCAGCUCUCCGUGGAGACCCGCUGUGAGAUUAGCAGGCGCGCCCUCAAGUCCCUGCAGACUGCCACCGAGAAGAACAGGAAGAAGGGCGGAGACGAUGGAGAGGGCCCCGCCUCCUUUGAGCCCGCCCUCUCCCACCUCAGCCAAUCAGUGGCACACCUGGAGACGCUCACCCUGGACUUCCCCCUGUCACUCAAAAACAGCGAUGAGGAGCUUGUGCGGAGCUACAGCCGCCUGUACGACCUCUCGCGCUCUGAAGGUCCGAAGGUCCACCAGCUGGCCGUCACCAUGGCGAUGGACGGCCAGCCUCUAGGGCGCAUCGAGCAGCUGCUCCAGGUCGCCGUGGGAACCUCUGAGCUGUCCGUCAAGGGUGUGAUGAGAGAUGCCGUGGAGCAGAUCAUAUUGGCAUUCAGUGGAGAUGAAGAGGUACUUAAAGACUACCCAGACCCACUGAAGGUUCUAGAAGGUAUUGUCGCCGCUGUGCACAUCCAUGUUGAGAAUGGUGGAGGCUUGGUGAGUUCGGACAAUGUGUUGGCAUGGUUACGGCCAUUCUGUGGGGAUGACAGCCGCCCAGUGCGUCCACGGAUCGAGGUUCUGAAGGUUCUGGAACAUUCCUUCAGUCUGAGCGAAGAGGACAUCAGGUUGCUGGUGUUCUUCAGGAGCCAAGCUGUGCUCAAGGCCGGCUGGCCAGACAGAGAGCUGGAGAUAAAGGAUAUAGUGGAUGAACAGACACGUCUCUCUCUCUUCCUGGAUCUUCUCUCCUCCAGUAGCCGGGCGGAGUUCCAGCACCUCAUGCUCCUCCUCCAGGCGUGGCCUCCCGUAACCGGGGACAACAUGACGGACCCUGAGCGUAAUCCUUGGGUCAGUCUGACCUCUAGUCUCCUCACCCACUCUUCACCUGGGUCAAAGGUCAUCAACCUCGGAGACGAGGUGUUGGCCAUGUGCCGCAGCCUCUACCCCACCAAACACACCCUCCCCCCUCAGUGUGUAAGCCGUGUCUCCACACUGCUCCUGGAUCAGGCCUUGUUGCUGCCCGCCCUGAAGCUGAUGGCAGAGAGUGGAGACGAGCAGCUGCUCUCACUGGUUCUGGAUCAGCUCAAAGCCGUCUCUCAGGUGGACGACUCUAAAUGUGACUCUGAGCUGCUGUCUCUGUUGUUGACUGCUGGCUUGCUGAUUGGCUGUGUGGAGACGGCCUACUACCCUCGCCUGGUGUCCCACCUGCUGACCAACCACCAGGAGGGGGGCUGGGACGUGGAGGCGUCCGCCCGAGAGCUCUCCCAGGCCGGCCACAGCGCUCAGGCCGGCUCCCUGCUUCUGGCCUACCGUGGGACUCACCCAGGACAGCUCACCUUCAGCUCUGCACUCUCCGUCAUCCGCCAGUGGCUUUGAGAGAAGGAAGAGGGUGUGUUGUGUGUGUGUGUGGGUGGGUGGGUGUCUUACACUCAACACAAAGCCUGCAUGGAAGCUUGGCCUUUUGGAAAGCACUCUAACACACUAACCCAGUUUAGAUGAAGAUGUCUCUGCAGAGCAAAUACAUAGCGGCAGUUUUGUGGAGAAAGGAGGGAGGGGGUGGAACUGUGUGUUUGUGUUUGUGUUUGUGUUUGUGUGUGUGUGUGUGUGUGUGUGUGUGUGUGUGUGUGUGUGUGUGUGUUUUUGUUUGUGUGUGUUU